UUUGUAGGGUUUGCCAAGUUUCGAAUUUUAUUCCCAACUAGGAAAAGGGAAAAAAGAAAAAAACAAGAAAAUAGAAGAAAAUAUUGCCAAACAGCCACCAAGUCCGACACAGAUUAGGAAACAGCCACUAAGUCCGACACAGAUUAGUAAACUUCAGAUGAGAUCUAUAUUGAGCACUGAAUCUGGCUGAGAGGUUAAAGAUGUCCUUGUCCCAAUCCGAAUUUCCCAGGGAAUUGUUGUAUGAAUAUCACAAUCGAGAGAGCAGAGAGAAACGAAUCACUUUCUAAAUUCUCUUUUUCGAAGAACAUUCUCAGUCGAGCCUCUCAGCUGCUAAAUUGACUUGUAGGUCAGUCCUAGACUUGAUAAGGAUUGGCAUCUAAAUAAAUCAAGAAGUCUCUUGGAUGGUGCAAAGAAUUAACUAACUAUAUAGGACGAUUACCUAGUGCAUGAUUUAGUUGUGAAAUUGUGUUCCCUUGAAGGUGGUGUGUUCAUCAGCUUAAUUAAGAAAUCAGGACCAUGCCUCGUAAAGUUAAAUAUGGAGUUGAUUAUGAUGAAGACUAUGAUGCCUACGAAGAUUACAAUUAUGAUGAUUUUGGUUCUAUCGCAGAAGAAAACCGUGACAGCUGAAGAACCCGAGACAAACCAUAACAGUGUUAGGCCUGUGGUUUGGAGUUGCUCAAUUUGUACAUUUGAUAAUGGAGAGAGUAUGUCUGCAUGUGAUAUAUGCGGAACUCUUCGUAAUCCUUCGGUUAACAUUUAUAGCAACGGCAAUAAGAAUACAGCUGAUGGCAUGUGCAAAGAUUCUGGAGCAUCCAUUAUGGCCAAGUCUCUUUUUGCAUCAUUGCUGUAUCGGAUACCCAAAAAGGCUGUGGCCGCUGUGACCUAUCAACAACAGAAAGAUGAUUUUUCAACGGAAGAGUGCAAUAACUUCCACAAGCUUGGAAAUAUCCAAGGAAAUUUUCAUGAAUUUCAUAAGGCUUUUAGCAGUCAAAACCAUUACCAUUUCCAUAUAGCCCCUUUCAAGUUUGAUGUCCCAUCUCCAGAUGACUUGGUAUCAAAUGGAAAGCGUGCCUCCAAAAUGGGUUCAAAAGCCAACUUCAACAAGUUAUCUGCUUCAGAUGUUCCAUCAAGCGACAGAGAGAAGAACACUGCAGGCAAAUUACAGUCACGUGCUAAAAAAUCUGAUAGCUCUUUGGUAUCAGUGUCAGAAAGCAGACAUGAUAGUGUGGAGGAGACCAAUUCUUCAGUUAAUGGGCAUGUGCCACAAAGUCUUUCCAGUAGCCUGAGCAAUAUGUCUUUCAAUGUUAAAUCUGGAUCCUCAAAGAAUGUUGAUGCCAGAAGAGCUAUAUCAUAUUCUCAGUAUAAACCUGAGAAAUGGAUGCUACCUGACAAAGCAGAAGAUAGGCUGAUUCAACUAAAUCUUGCUAUUGUUGGCCACGUUGAUUCGGGGAAGUCAACACUCUCGGGAAGGCUGCUGCAUCUUUUGGGCCAAAUAUCCCAAAAGCAAAUGCACAAAUAUGAAAAAGAGGCUAAAAUACAAGGAAAGGGGUCCUUUGCUUAUGCAUGGGCAUUGGAUGAGAGUGCUGAAGAAAGGGAGAGAGGAAUAACUAUGACAGUAGCUGUUGCUUAUUUAAACUCCAAAAGAUAUCAUGUUGUUCUACUUGACUCCCCGGGCCAUAAAGAUUUCGUUCCAAACAUGAUAUCUGGGGCAACACAGGCAGAUGCUGCAAUUCUUGUUAUAGAUGCCUCAGUUGGCUCAUUUGAAGCAGGUAUGGACAUCACCGGAGGGCAAACAAGGGAACAUGCACGGCUUAUUAGAAGUUUUGGUGUAGAUCAAAUUAUAGUUGCAAUUAACAAAAUGGAUGCUGUGGAAUACUCCAAAGAACGUUUUGAUUUCAUUAAACAGCAACUUGGAACAUUUCUCCGCUCAUGUGGCUUCAAGGAUUCUUCUAUCCUAUGGGUUCCGUUGAGUGCCAUGGAAAACCAAAAUUUGGUGGCAGCUGCUUCUGAUGUACGAUUAUUGUCCUGGUACAUGGGGCCUUUUCUGUUGGAUGCAAUAGAUUCUCUCCAACUUCCGGCAAGAGAUUACUCAAAGCCUCUACUAAUGCCCAUAUGUGAUGUUAUCAAAUCCCAGUCACUUGGGCAGGUGUCUGCAUGUGGGAAAUUGGAGACUGGGGCACUUCGAAGUGGAUACAAGGUUCUAGUUAUGCCAUCAGGAGACAUGGGCACGGUACGCUCCUUGGAACGUGAUUCUCAGGCUUGUGCUAUUGCGAGAGCCGGAGACAAUGUGGCUGUCCGUCUACAAGGUCUUGAUGGAAGCCAUGCGAUGAUGGGUGGGGAUGUGUUAUGCCACCCAGAUUUUCCAGUUGCAGUGGCAAACCAUUUGGAACUGAAGAUUCUUGUCUUAGACGUUACAACCCCAAUUGUAAUUGGCUCUCAGAUGGAGUUUCAUAUACAUCAUGCAAAGGAAGCUGCUAGAGUUGUAAGGUUAUUGUCAUUACUCGAUCCAAAGACUGGAAAGGUGAAAAAGCAGUCCCCAAGAUGUCUAAGUUCAAAGCAGAGUGCAGUAGUUGAGGUGGUUCUGCAAGGAGCGGUUUGCGUGGAGGAGUUUUCUAGCUGCAAGGCUCUCGGGAGGGCAUUCCUAAGAUCAUCAGGAAGAACUGUUGCUGUAGGCAUUGUAACCCGAAUAAUGGAGAGAGAAUAAUUCAAUCCGACACUGCAUACCUGAAGAACAGGUGACAUUGAAAGUUGUGGUUUCAUUGUACAUUGUUUAUUUAGUGGAUAGAAGAAAUAUGGAUGUACAUUAUCGAUGAGUCGUCCUGUUCAUGUACACAUGCAAAGUUUAUUUAUUUAUUUAUUUUAUUUCAUACA